AUGCCAUCGGCACCUUGGAAGGCGUACUGCAACACCUUCCUCGGCGAACUCUCCUCGCUUAGCUUCGAUCCCUACACCGACCUACUCUGGACCGCCAACCCCAGCGGCACAGUCGUCUCACACUUCCUACCCACAAGCAGCCUCCCCUCCGAUCAGGACCGACGCAUCACCCGCUACACCUCCUUCAAAUCCCACACCUAUCGAUCCUCGGCCACCGAACUCCUACUCGCCGAACGUGGCGUCUUGAGCUUGGCCGACAAGACCCUCAAGUUCACUAACCGGAGAGGCAUUCCCUACUGGUUCCUAUCAACGGCCUUUCAAGAUGCUUGCUCCAUGGCAUUCACCGCUCCCAAGUCCGCCGAACUCGUCGUCGGGGGCGCCAAACCGGAGCUGGUCCUCCUCAACGCCAGCACCGGUGCAGUCGUUCGCAGGAUCGACAUCAGUCAGCCAAGCACAUCCACCCUCAGCUCAACGCAACCUUCCACCGGGUUCUCGCCCACGACCCACCUGCGGAGGUCUCAAUCCCUCAUGUGCUGUGGCGCGCGCUCGGGCACAGUCUCUCUACGCGAUCCGGUCAGCCUCAAGGAGGAACACUCGAUGAUGGCCCAUUAUGCCGGCUUGGAACAGAUGGAAACUGAAGGUAACUAUCUCGUUACAUGCGGAUAUUCACUCAAGCAGGGACACCCCGUACGUGACCCCCUGGUCAAGGUGUUUGAUGUUCGGGCCCUCAGACCUCUACCACCCAUCACCUUUUCCUCCAGUCCGGCCCAUGUUCGCUUCCAUCCUCGGAUGUCAUCCACCCUCUUCAUCACCUCUUCGACCGGUCAACUUCAAAUCAUCGACUUGGCCCAGCCAAUCCCAACCUCCUCCUUCUACCAGCUCGAUGUCGCCACUUUCAUCACCGACAUGUCCAUCUCGAGCUCGGGCGACGGGCUGGCGUAUGUCGAGGCAGACGGCCUCGUUCACCUUUGGACAACUGCUGUGAGCGAAAUGGAUCUGGGGGACGAGAGUGUGCGAAGUAACGCAAAGCCCAUCAAAUGGAGUCGAGGCAAUAUGCCGAUUGUCUUGCCAGAUUCGAUCGAGGAACCUGCGCCGGUCCAGUGGACAGACGAAACUCCGCUCAGUUCGAUCGGAAUGCCCUACUAUUCAACCGAGCUAUUCUCAGUCUUUCCCACCGAAAACUACAUCACCCCAUACUCACCUCUUCACCAGCGCAGAGCAGUCCCAGAUACCGAUCUCUCUCUGGCUCUCCAACGGGCCUCUCACCAUCAGUCCUCCAAUACGACCCAUGAAGUCUUCGACGGGGGCGGGCAGAAAUUCGAAGUGCAAUAUAUCCCCAAUCCGAAGAAGACCAAACGCUACCAAGCCAGUCUGCCCACCAACCCAGUUGUAUCCUCCUCUGGCCGAUCCGCAACUACCAGAGUCGGCUCACCCUCCCAGAACCUGGGCCAAUUGGUCCCAAACUCGAAGCGGAAACUUAGCAUCCCUCUCUUCAGAAGCGAGAAGGAGAAAGAAAAGGCCAAGACUCUCGGUCGGGGGAAGGCUCAUAUGGACGCCAGCCUCGUUGGAAACGAGUCCGAAAGAGAUGAUGAGAUUUCGUUUGACAUGAGUCUCGAUGACUUUCAUGAAAUGCCUAAAUGGUAUCGUCAAGUCGAAAUCAAAUACAGUAAAUUCGGCAUCGAGGACUUCGACUUUGGCUUUUAUAAUAAUACUCAACAUAGUGGCCUUGAGACUCACAUUGUAAAUUCAUACACCAACUCGUUGUUGCAGGUUCUGUACCACACCCUCCCAGUUCGGAAAGUAGCAGAAUCACACAUUGCUUUAUCAUGCACGACGCCGAAUUGUAUGCUAUGCGAACUAGGGUUCUUGUUCAAGAUGCUCGAUGACGCCCAAGGAGUAAAUUGCCAGACCAGCAACUUUUCACGGGCUUUCUCGAUCAAUCAACGCGCUAUCGCCUUGGAGCUAAUGGACCACCAGCAUCAAGAGUUUUGCUUACAUCAAAGUCAAAUUAUGCCGCGACUGGGCGACCAAUCGACGAAUACCCAGAAGAUCCCGAUCUCAAGCAAAUCAUACUCGAGUCUGAUCCAACUCUGUCACCACUUCUUGCUAGACCAAAUCGCUGAGGACGCCAGUAAGAUCUCAGCCGAUCAUCCCUUCGAGAGUCUGCGUUCCCAUCCGGUCAACACGCAAAUCAAGACGACCAAUACGACGACUUCAGUGGCCACGAUCUCCAACCAUCUGCUGCCCUCACCGAUCGCAGACAUCUACACGACUCGCUGGCAGACCACCCAGAGCUGCCCGUCGUGCCACCACCAGAUCUCACGGACCUCGUUCACCAAAGUGAUCGAGAUGACCUACCCGCGCAAGGCGCUCUCGAACGAGCCCAAGCCGAACACUGAUUUCUGCUCGAUCCUCAAAAACUCGAUGAUCCGCGAGACGACCGCCAAGUCGCUCUGUUCGAACUGCAACCAGUAUACCCACCAGCGCUGGCGCAGACAGCCCGACGAUCUCGGCGCCGGGAACAAGGCCCUCCCUGCCGUCCUUGCCCUCAACACCGGCGUGACCAACUCUGAACAGUUCGAGAUCUGGCUCGAUCGGCGCGCCAAACCGGCCGCUGUCCCCUCAACAACAUCCAAGCCUGCACAUCUUGAAGACGACAGCGCGGCCGCCAACGACCACUUCUUGCAGCCCGAGAUCGGUAUCUCUAUCGAGCCCCUCCCCGAUCUUCCGCAGGACACUACCUCCUCCCGCAUCUCCGUCGGCGACAAUCAUCCCCUCAAGAUGCCCCCGAACGCCGUCGUCUAUGAGCUCAGAGGCUUGAUUGUCCAGAUCCAGGCCGACGACGAAACCCCCCAUCUGGUCUCGUUGAUCAAAGUCAACAAUACUCACAAACUGGCUACUACUGCUACCCACAACGCCGAAGAGAAGCCGCGGCCUGAUACCGGCGCCGGUGCAGGGUCGUGGUACCUGUUCAACGACUUCUUAGUCAAGAAAGUCUCCCAGGAAGAGGCCUUGAGUUUUCCUGCCUGUUGGAAGGUGCCGUGUGUGCUCUACUACGUCCGGAAAGACUUCGAGGAGGUCGUCGACUUCGCCAAGCUGCCCGCAAACACCGUCGAUAGAUCGAUCCUCCUCAACGAAAUCAAUUUGUCAAAGUGUAGGGACGUCAAUAAGAUUCGACACGAGGUUUUGACUGAGGACGAGUUGCCGAAAAAAGGCGACCUGGUAGCGAUCGAUGCCGAAUUCGUGUCUCUACAACAAGAGGAAGUAGAUUACAAAUCCGACGGGACUCGCUUGGUGCGAAGGCCGAGCCAGAUGACGCUUGCCAGAGUCUCAGUGCUCCGCGGCGAAGGCAGCAAGACGGGGGUGCCGUUCAUCGACGACCACAUCCAAACAUUCGAGCCCGUUGCCGAUUACUUGACCGAGUUCUCCGGCAUCCGUCCGGGCGAUUUGGACCAUAACGCGUCCCCGCAUACCCUCGUCCCUCUGAAAGUUGCGUAUAAAAAACUCAGAUUGCUCGUCGACUUGGGCUGUAUUUUUAUCGGUCAUGGGCUCUCGAAAGAUUUCCGAAUCAUCAACAUUCAUGUGCCGCCCUCUCAGAUCAUCGAUACCGUGGACUUGUACUACAUUGCCUCUCGACAGAGGAAGCUUUCGUUGAGGCUCCUGUCCUAUCUGAUCCUCAGACAUGACAUCCAAAACGCGGGCACUCAUGACUCGAUCGAAGACGCCCGGACGGCAUUGCAGCUAUACGAUAUCUACCGCCAAUUGAACAACGAAGGCGUUUGGAAAGAUGAGCUGGAGAGUGUUUACAGAAAGGGCAAAGAAAUGGGAUGGAAAGUGCCCGCCGACAAGCUCCGCUCACCGCUUCCAGCUCCCGCCAUCCCACCAGUGCCUUCUUCAGCCCCGUCGGCAACAGCGAAACCCGCAUCAACAAGUUUAUCUGGGUUGGGUAGGCGCAGUACAUCAGUACAGGUCCCGCGGUUCACUCCAUCGACACUAUCAGCCGCAUCUGCUACUUAUUUUCCCCCCGGAGGUACUGCAGCCUCCAACUCUAGCAAAGCACGCCCCUUGCAACCUGUCGUGAGACAGCCCCUGUCCUCGACCACCACCACCUCCCCAGCGGUCGAUCAAAGCCAAACACAUUCCGAGCCGGCGGCCUCGUUCUAUCGGUCUAUCCCUCAAAACGCACAGACGAAAGCUUCGCCUCCAGCACCCAACUUCGGCCAUGGCGUCCUUGGGACGAUCAACCAGACCGGACCUACACCUUACAGUAACACCAGUAACUCGCGGACACUGGCAGCAACGGCAGUCUUCCAAAGAUACGCCACUGCACCCCCGCCGGUCUUUGAGCCGAAGAAGAAGCCGCCUGGAUUCAACCCGAUGGCGCCCAGCUUUGUGCACUCUUCCUCCUCUUCCUCGUCCUCCUCUUCGACCACCUCGACCAAUCGGCCGAUGACGAACAGCGCCAAUUCCGGGCCGGCCUACGCCCACAGCGGGGCUCAACACGAGCAGAAGAGCCAUGCGGGGCUACCCUACCAUAACCAUCAGACCAGCCUGAGCCAUUCGAGCAUCGGCUCCGCCAGCCUGCCCGGCUCGUCCCUCGACACCCACUCGUCCGGCUCCUCGCUCGACUUUUAUCCCGCUCCCAACCCGCUCAUCGGCCAUCCCCCCCGACCUAACGCCAACAACGAGCUCUACUCGUUCCACCAUCUCCCCCACCAUCCCCACCAUCCCCAGCACCAUCAACACCCUCACCAGCCGCCCCCGCCCCACGGCUAUCCUUCCCCCAACCCGCCCCCGCCACACUCUCCACACCACGGACUCCACCACCAUCCUAGCGAGUUCGCCUUCCAUCACCACCAUCCCCAUCUCCCCCACCACCCCAACCAUCUCCUCCAUCAGGAACACUUCCCCAUCCUCUCCUCCACUCCCGCUAAUCCUCCCGCCUCCGCCGCCCUCUCGGGCCACCUCCAUUCUCCCCCUUCCGCCACGCCUGCCUCGGCUAACCUGCCCUCGCUCAUGCCUGGCUCUAAUGAGUUCAACUUCGUCGGCUAA